CUCGUUUGAAUAUCUUACGUACGCUCUGCGAGUCGUGGGUUGGGAUAUAUUACAUAAGGAGAAAAAGGAAAAUAGCCAUUGUGUAUCAGCACUUUUUUUUCAUUUUUCUCUCUCUCUCUCUGUCUUGUCUCUGCUACCGUUGCCACUGCCCGUUUCCUUGAUGGAGUUGUUGGAAGAAGCGAUUUAUCAAAGCCUCGAAGCUUGUAAUGCCACUGCUACGCUCGACGAUCGUAUCAUUUUUUUUUUCUUCCCUCAACUUCUUUUUUUUUUUGUUUUUUAUUCAUUGUAAAACUUCCCCUCGUUUCUCGCGUUGCGCGCGAUAUUGCGCCGCGUCGUUAGAUAUUUUCUCUUUCAAUCUCGUAUACACGAUGACUUUUCCUCUCUAUAUCUCAAUCUUUGUCUUAAUGUUGUGCGCCUCCGAUCCACCCACCAACGCAGGCAUCUGCGACGAGCACGAGUAUAGGCUGACGAGGCACCUGCUCGAGGGCUACGACGCGGCGGUGAGGCCGGCGAAAAAUUCAUCCGAGCCGCUGGUCGUCGCUUUCGGCCUGGCGCUACAUCACAUUAUCGACGUGGACGAGAAGAACCAGAUCUUGACGACCAACUGCUGGCUGACCCAGGCCUGGACGGAUCAUCAUCUGCGCUGGAACGUCUCGGAGUACGCGGGCAUCCGAGUGAUACGAGUGCCCUACAACAGGGUAUGGCGGCCCGACACUAUACUCUACAACAACGCCGAUCCGCAGUACAGCUCGGCGGUGAUCAAUACCAACGUGAUAGUGAGCCACACGGGCGAGGUGGUCUGGCUCAGUCACGGCAUAUUUCGCAGCAGCUGCGACAUCGACGUCGAGUACUUCCCGUUCGACGAGCAGCGCUGCGUACUCAAGUGGGCCUCCUGGACCUACGACGGCUAUCAGUUGCAGCUGGAGAAGCAGAGCGAGCAGGGCGACGUGAGCAACUACCAGCCCAACGGCGAGUUCGACCUCGUCAACUUCACCGCGAAGCGCAACGAGGAGUACUACUCGUGCUGCCCCGAGCCCUACCCGGACAUCACCUACGAGAUCAGGCUGAGGCGUCGGCCCAUGUUCUACGUGUUCAAUCUCAUUCUGCCCUGCAUACUCAUCAACGGCAUCGCUCUGCUGGUGUUCUACGUGCCGUCCGAGUCCGGGGAAAAGGUCACGCUGGGAAUCUCGGCGCUGCUCUCGAUGACGGUCUUCCUCAUGACGAUUAGGGAGACUCUGCCGCCGACCGAAAAAACGCCGCUGAUAAGUCUGUACUACGGGGUGAGCAUAUGCCUGGUAUCUUUCGCCUCGGGCCUGGCCGUGGUCACGCUCAACAUACAUCAUCGUGGCGUGCGCGGCGUCCGAGUCCCCACGAGCGUUAAGUCUCUGGUCCUCGACAAGCUGUCCCGAGUCGUUUUCUUCAAGUUUCAAGAGGAGUAUCCACAGCAACAGCAGCAGGACGGGUUGCCGAAGAGGAACAAUAGUUGUCCGAUGCACGGCAGUAGCAGCAGUCACAGAGAAGGGAUGAGAGGAAGCAGUCCGCCUUCGCCCGCUGCUGCUGCUUACAUAGCGCGGAGACACGCCAACAACGAUCGCAGCAGUCCGAAUUUAGAAUCGAGCAAGGACAAUAACGCAUCGACGACUCUGGACGGCGGCAACGGCCAGUGGUCGCGCGUGAUCGGCCGCGUCCAGGCGACGAUCGAGCGCAACGAGCGACGCCUGCUGGAGCAGGACAGCCGCGAGCGCACCGAGCUCGAGUGGAAGCAGGUCGCGCUGGUAGGCGAUCGGGUCCUGCUGCUCAUCUUCUUUCUCACGACGGUGGUGAGCACGGCCGUGAUACUGAGCAAUUCGCCGCCCAACGACGGCCAGUCCGUCAUUCAGACUUGAAUUUUCGACGCGCCGAGUUUACGCGCAGAGGGUGAAACUAUACGCGGAGCGGCGGGGCAUUUUGUUUUUCAAUUUUUCAAUUGUAUAAAAUUGUAACGACGUACAUGAUAUUCAUUCAUAUUGUACUAUGCCUAUGCGGAAGGAAAUUCGUCCGCCGAUGUGUGUGGCACGACAAAUUUACUCUCGGUGCAUACAUUACUAUAUAGCUGUUGUUCGUUAUUGUCGAAUGUUACAGGGAGUUUAGAUAAAUAUAUGC